AAAACGGCCGCAGGCAGAAAAAUAAUAAUAAUAAUAAUAAUAUAGAAACUUGAGAGCGAGAGCGUCAACCUUCGGAAGAAGGGGAAGGAAGCCGACCGUGGAGUGCCGAAGUUUGCCGGAGAAGGACGAACGUUGCAGAUUUCUUCCGGGCCAACCGCCUGCUGACCACCGCCCGUCGCUGCGUCACCAAAGCAUCGUCGUCAAUAGAGGUGAACUUGGAGAGGAAGCUGUUAGAGAAGCUUGUUAAGAAUAUCUGGAAUUUGAGACACCAUGCCACCGAGGAGGGACCCGAAUGCCGUCCCUACUAAUGCCGAGCUGGCGCAAGCUCUCACGCUGCUCACCCAGACAAUCACUGUGGCAUUUCAAAACCAACCCAACAACGGCAAUAACAUGGAGAGUCGUGUAGCGGCACGAAACCCACCGAGCUUCCUUGGGCAAGAGGAUCCAGUCCUUCUCGAGAAUUGGAUACGAUCCUUCGACAAGCUGUUUGAUGCGGUCAAUUGCCCGGCAGAUCAACGAAUUAACAUUGCCGUGUAUUAUCUGCAUGAAGAAGCAGAUAAAUGGUGGCUUCAUGUGGGACCAGGGAUGAGCGCACAACCGGACUUCACUUGGGAUCGGUUCAAGCGUGCACUGCGGAAGAGAUUUUACCCGCCACACGUACAAGCAGAAAAUCGUGACAAGUUCUUACACUUGAAGCAAGGGGACAUGACGGUGCAAGAAUAUCACAGUCAAUUUGUUACCCUAGCAGAAUUUGCAACAUCAAUUGUACCCGAUGAGGAGAGUAAG